CAACACUCUACUCAAUACAACAACUUCUUACAACAAGUAUCCGUAUACACACUCAGACUUCUUGACUGUUUGGUCUUCCAUCAACUGAAAACUCUUCGUUAUACUCUUCUACUAUAUCUCGUCUGAGACACCUGCUUUGCCGUCAAAGAAUCUACAAUAUGGCACAUCCUCGACCCGACGGACAGACCUUAAAUUCUACCAAUGUCUCAUUUAUGAGCUCUCUCUGGGCUAUAAAAGCCGGUACAUUGGAAGAAAAGGUUCAGAUUCUCUGGAACGGCAUCCUGAACACCUAUUUCCCACCGACUGAGCCGUACAAAAUUGCGAUCAAAGCCGUUGUGCUCACAGAUAAUACUGCGCUGGAUGCGGUUAUCUUUGAGAUACAUGCCUUACAAGAACCUAGGUCUUCACAACACCUUCAAGAACCUAGGUCUUCACACCAACUUCAAGAACGGCAGAUCUUCAUGGUCGAGUGCAAAAGAAUUUCUGAAGACACACUGGAGGGCUGGUUGGGCGCCCAAGCACAGCUCCUUGGCUACCUCGAAUCGAAUAGCAAUGUCGCCACUUGCAGCGGCAUGUAUGGUGCCUGUACCAUUGGAAGCAAGGUCAUGUUCUUCGAGUGGAUCAAAGAUUCCCAUCGAUUGACUGCAAUCAGUCCGAUGCUCGACAUGAAAGAACCAAUCGACCGUCCUGUUGUCGAGGAUAUGCUAAUUCGCGUCAAACAAUAUGGUUGGAUUCGCACAAACUGAUCAUUCUGAUAAAGAUUACUAGACCGUCGACAAAACCAGAAUACAAAGAAAACGCAGUACCUAGUCAAGUGGAAAGGCUGGGGACCGAUACACAACCAAUGGUACAACGUGGAAGACCUGACCGGUGCUCGCGAGCUCCAACGAGAAUCCGAAAGCAUACCACCAGCUCGUCAUUCUCAAAAGACAGCGCCAGUCAAAUUCGAAAGACACCAGCGCGAA